AUGCAUGUCAGCUUUGGAGACCGGCUGCGCCUCAAACCCAUCGCCCAAGUAGAAGAUCUAUGCCUCCGCCCCUCCCUCUCUCUCCCUUUGUCGAGUUUUAGCAACCUCAAACAUCUCGCCAUGGAGCCGAUAGGACUUGCAGUUGGAGUCGCGGGCCUGGCUGGCCUCUUCUCCAGUUGCCUGGAAGCCGUCGAAAGGUUCGACUCUUACAAGAACUUUGACCGUGAAUCGCGUUCCUUGACCACACAGCUCGACGCCGCCAAGCAUCUCUUGGAACAAUGGGGCCAUGCCGUCGGCAUCGAAAACGGAAAGCUGUCGGACAACCAUCAUCCUGCUCUCGACAACGGGAAAACACUAGAAGUCGUCCGCAAGCUGUUGUCCAGCAUCCAAGACUUUUGUGGCGGCUCAGACGAUGCAACGCUUCAAACAACAACGCUGAUGGACGGCGACUUCCUCAAAAGCGGCUUACUUCCUUCACAACGGAUGAAGCAGUCUCACCAUGGAGCGUCUGCGAAUUCAAAAUGGAAAAUGACCUCCUGGGCGCUUACUGGGAAAUCGAAGCGGACAAAGAACGUCCAGACAGUUGCCGUACUAGUGCAGCAUCUGUACAGUUUGGUUCCUAUCAACGAUUCCAAGGAGAUACAGUUAGGACAAAAGUCAUCAGCAUCAGCUGCAGACAUACGCGAUGCUUCCCCAAGCGAACAUAAUUGGCUUGCAAAGAUUCAGUCGCUCAUAGACAAGGCCGAAGAAGAAAUGAGAGCCGAAACAAAGAGAGACCUACUCGCCUGGCUAGGUUCCCCGUCUUCGAACGAUCUUUGCGACGACUCGAUCAAGAAGAGACUGGAGGGGACAUGCGAGUGGGUAUUAGAGCGAGACAGCGUACUUGGAUGGCUUUCACCUGAGACUUCGCCCGAUGGCGCCAGCGUGCUCUGGAUCAAUGGCCCGGCAGGGUUCGGCAAGACUGUUCUGUGUGCCAAACUGGUCGAGAUUCUUUCGUCCAGUCUUCAAACACCCGUCGCACAUUUCUUUCUGUCAUCCAAAUUUGAGGGUCGCGAUGAUCCCUAUGCAGUCAUCAGAUCGUGGAUUGCGACGGUCUUCUUCAGAAGCCCAGCGGCUUUGGACGUGGUUUACAAGAAACGGUUGGCCCAACACGAGCAGGUCGCAACGCGGGCGACUAUUAUGAAGCUCUUCCGCGAGGUUCUGCAAGCUGUGCCGUUCUGCACCUUCGUCUUAGACGGCCUGGACGAAUGCACUUGGCUGGGCGAGAACCGCAACGACGGUAACUCGGUAGCCCGUUUUCUCGAAGAGCUCAGACAAGCAAUUACCGACACCACUGUCCGAAUUUUGGUUACCAGCCGCAACGAACCAGAGAUUCGACAAGAACUCUCGCAGUUCCCUGGUUUUAGCAAGUAUGCGAUAUCUCCCGAAGACGUCCGUGACGACAACGUGGCCUACUCCAGAAGCAUCGUCAACAGCAAGCUGCCGAACAAAGACGAGCCAACAAGACUCAGCAUCUCUCAGAGAAUGGCCGAUCGCAGCAACGGGCAGUUCCAGUGGAUCAAGAUGCAAGAGGGGUUCUUGAGGAAAGGCAGGAAUAAAAAGCAGCUCGAGAAAGACAUUGACGAGACCCCGGCCGGCCUCGACCGUCUCUACGAUCGGACCUGGGAGAGGAUCGAGGGAUUGCGAGACGCGGAAAGAAAUAGAGCAUUCUCCUUGCUCCGGUGGGUCGCGUUCGCUCUGCGACCUCUGACUGUCUGCGAGAUCACUGAAGCCGUUCUCAUCAACGAUGACUGUGACGAUCUGCCGAUCGACGAGUUGCCGGACUCCAUUGACGACGACUACAUUGAAAGUGAGAUCUUGGGUCUUUGCGGAUCCUUGAUUGAAAUAAGGGGCACUCCGUCGGACUCCUCUCCUGGAUCCAGGAACAUACACCUGACGCACUUCUCGGUCAAGCAGUACCUGUUGUACAAGAUUCCGUCCCGGGGAGCGGUUCUACUCGCCAAUGAAAGCCUGCGCGCAUCGAACGAAACCCUCGAGGGUGUAACCCUUGCUAAGCUGUGUCUCCGCUACAUCAGCAUCCAGCGGGUCUGGGAUGAGUCUUCUGUUGAAGACGAAUAUCCAACUGGGACUUCGUUCCGAAAUUACGCCGCGCAGCAUUGGCACCAGCACACCGAUUUGAGCAAGGCGGAUGACAUGCCGUUGGUGGAGGCCAUGAACGCCCUUUUUGACGGACGCUUCAAGACUUGGGAGUCCUGGAGAAAGUGGUUUGAUCUCAACGGCGAGGACUUGGAUCCAGAGGCGACGGAAACAGCGGCAAGCCCCUUGUACUAUGCUUCCCGUUUGGGACUGACAGGGGUCGUCAAACAUCUCAUACAACACUGCAAACACGAUCCGAACGAAAGCUCAGAGUCGGGAAGAGCAGCGCUUGCGGUUGCAUGCGAAAGGGGGAGUCUGGAAGUUGCGCGAAUGCUGCUUGAAGCAGGUACCAAAGUCAACGUCACAGGUUACCGAGGACGAACGCCUCUCUAUUCGGCAUCAAUGAACGGUCAUCUCGAAGUGCUGAAGCUGAUCCUCGAUAAGGGGGGCGACUUGACGAUUAAGAACGUUUACGGAAGAACUCCGCUAACUGCAGCCGCGGGCAAUGGCCACCUGGAAGUAGUCAGAUUCCUUCUCGCCAAGGGAGCAGACAUCGCAGUCGCUGAUGAUGAUGUUUGGACGCCACUAAAUUCAGCUGCUGCUGACGGCCAUCUUGAGGUGGUGAGGCUCCUUCUUGAAAGGGGGGCAGGUAUCUCAGUGCCUAACAAGAAUGGGUGGACGCCACUGAUCGUAGCUGCCUCUAACGGCUAUGUUGAGGUAGUGAAGCUACUCCUUGACAUAGGAGCAGACAUAACAGUCGCUGAUGAUGAAGGUUGGACGCCACUAUGUUCAGCUGCUGACAGUGGCCAUAUUGAGGUGGUCAGAUUGCUCCUUGAAAGGGGGGCAGAUAUCGAAUUUGUCGAUAAGGGUGGACAGGCGCCACUGAGUGUAGCUGCCAGCAAAGGCCAUAUCGAGCUGGUAAGGCUACUCCUGGAAAAGGGAGCAGAUAUCUCAGCGGCCACCAAGAGCGGGUGGACGGCACUGAUCGUAGCUGCCAUCAAAGGCCAUCCUGAAAUUGUUAGACUUCUCCUCGAUAAUGGAGCCAACAUCACAGAUACUAGCAAAGACGGAUCAACAGCGCUUGAAUUUGCCGCGCGAAACGGACAUUACCGGGUAGUUGAGUUGCUGCUUAACAACGGAGCUAAUCUUGCAGUCAUCGACAACACAGGAGAGACGCCGCUUCAUUCAGCCUCCCAUAAUGGCCACAUUGAGGUUGCCAAACUACUUCUCGAGAAGGGGGCAAGUCCAACAGCUGGGGACUAUGAUGGAUGGACGCCGCUUCAUUCAGCCUCCCAAAAUGGCCACAUUGAGGUUGCCAAACUACUUCUCGAAAAGGGGGCAAGUCCAGCAGCUAAGAAUCACGAUGGAUGGAUGCCGCUUCAUUUAGCCUCAGCUAAUGGCCACAUUGAGGUUGCCAAACUACUUCUCGAAAAGGGGGCAAGUCCAGCAGCUAAGAAUAACAAUGGAUGGACGUCGCUUCAUUCAGCCUCAGCUAAUGGCCACGUUGAGGUAGUCAGGCUCCUUCUUGAGAAAGGAGCAAGUCCAGCAGCUAGGGACUGCAAUGGACAGACGUCGCUUUACGCUGCCUCAGCCAACGGCUGCGUUGAGGUAGCCAGAUUACUUGUUGAAAAUGGUGCGGUUGCGUCAGUUGGAGACGAGCGCAGCAGAACCAAUGUCGAGGUGGACAAGCUGCUCAUCAGCAAGGGGGCAGAGAUUUUCGUCGCCGAAAACAAGGGCUGGACACCGCUGCAUGUUGCGUCACAAAAAGGCUUCAUCGAGCUGGUCCGGCUGUUCCUCGAACGAUUCCCAGUUCACGCCGACACUAGGGACAACUUCAGGCGCACACCCCUCUUUUACGCAGCAACGCAAGGGCGCAGUGAGGUUGUUAAGCUGCUGCUUUCCCGUCUGGCAUCUGCCAAUGCCAUGGACCGCUACAAUGCGACGCCUCUGAUUGCGGCGGCAAGGGAUGGAUUCGCAGGCGUGGCAGAGCUUCUGCUCAACGAGGACGGCGUCUGGUUCAAUCACAAGGACAAAUUGGGCCGGUCCGCUCUUUGCUGGGCGAGGCAGAGCGGAGAUUAUCAGACCAUUCAGCUCCUAUUCAAGCAUUCGCAGGGGACAACAGAAGCGCAGCCAGGCAACGAGAACACGCCGACGGGAGACAGGGCAGCUUUGUUCAAUCCAGAUUUGGGCUGGUGCGAUGUUUGUACGAUCUGCCUUCCGGAAAGCAAAUCAUACCAUUGGUGCAAAGAGUGCCCCGGAGGCGAUUUUGUCAUCUGUUUGGAUUGUUUUCAGGCAGGUUUUAGGUGUCUGGACGGAUCCCACAAAUUGAUUCUUCAAUCGUCAGACUAGAGACAGAAGGACCAAGAAAUGGGAAAGUAGAUUUU